CGUGUAAUCAAUCUACGGAGUACUAUGUAGUAUAUCCGAUGCCGGCUAAUUGUUGGCACAAUCAGGGGCCGAUUGAAGGCAUUGGCCAACGCAUGGAUCAGCGCUUGGCAUCACCUUCACCACGUUUUGUCUCAUAUUGGCUACCUAGGGGGGUCAUAUGAAUAAUGAACAUCAUUUUCAAUCAGACCAUCCAGGUUGACAAGCACAUCGAGAAGGGCUAUCUAUCGGGUCGGGCGCGACAAAUAGUGGAGAGUUAGCUCACUUGUCUGGAUCCUCCGUGCCCGCUAUGCUCUCCCAACCGUCCAAACAACUGGCCGCUCCUUACCCACCGGCCCAUGGCUCUGGAACCGCAAGGAGCCAGAAACCAGCACCACCCAUUUCUCAGCCCCCCAACGCCAACGACCAGACCUCUACCGGCAGCUUUCAACCCGGCUAUGACCACCAUGGUCGUGAGGUGUCUCAACCCCCCAGCUCACUCAGUGUUACUGGAGAGAAGCAGCAGCAGCACCACCACCACCUGUCCUUCGAUGUUCCCCGCCUAGAUCGGGUGAAGUCCAAAUCACGUCAGAAGCACAAACACAAGUACAGUAAAUCUAGUGACAAGCGUCUUCCACGAAGGAUGAAUAAUAUCGCCUCAUCUGCUGGCGCCAGAGGCCUUUUGCCAACAUGGUCCGGCAGUAAAGAAAAGGACAACGACGGAGAUGAUGGUUUACUUAGACCGAUAACGCAAGAGACAACCUGGUCACGCUGGGGCUCGGAGUCGACGGCGGCCUUGAGCUCUGGGAGCAGAAAGGGCAGUUUGUUUGAUGGUAUCGACCAGGGCAACAAGCUCGGCCCGAUUAAACGUCAUGAAAUCAGGUCGAUGGAAGACCUGGAACAGGUGAGGAGUAAACGGAAGCAGGGGGAGGAAUUUUUACGGUCUGCCCUGUCACUGAUCGGGACCCUCGCAACGGAUAUCACCCGUAGACUGGAUUACACGUACUAUAACCUGCUGGAGAAGCUUGCCGCCUUGAACUCGACCAUUGCCUCUUUCCAAGAGCUCUCUAAUUCCACUACCGCCCUCUUUGACGACUUCCAGCGAGAAACAUCGGGCUUGGACCAAGAAAUACGGAAGCAGGUGGGAGAACUCAAGGAGUUUCAGCCCCAGUUGGAGAGAAUCAAGG